AGGUUGUAAGAUACAUGUUGCAGUAGUUAUUGUUUGCAGUUUUUUGAUACUUUCUUGUUAUUUUUUGCGCUACCUUGAUUUUGCUUGCUUAACAUUGCAGUAUGUUUCCCGACACUAAUAAUAGCAAACAAAUGGCAGAACAAUUUGGUGGGGAAUCAAAAGGUCGAAGAAAAAGUAGUGGCUUGUCCAGAAACCCUAGUUAUGGCUCGCAGAACAAUUUGUACAGGGCCAGAUCCUUACAAAGAAUCGCCGACGAAAAAAGAGCAAAAAAGGUUCGGUUUUAUCGAAAUGGUGAUAAUUUUCACACCGGACUUGUGUACGCUGUUUCCACCACACGUUUCCGUACAUUUGAAGCAAUGCUUAUUGAUCUUACCAACCGUCUUGCUGAUAAAGUACAUCUGCCUCAUGGUGUUAGGGUUGUGUUCUCUUUAGAUGGGGCGCGGAAGAUUGAAACUAUACAAGAACUUGAACAUGGUGAAAGCUAUGUAUGUGCUUCAUCAGACAUGUUUAAACGUCUUGAAUACGGACGUAACACCAACCCUAGCUGGUGUGUAAAUGUUCGAACGGGUAGUUCUGCGUCACUUAGACUUCGACAACAAGAGAAAAACGGAGGAUGGUUCAUGGAGGACAUGAGGAGCUGUGUGAGCCACGAGUCGCUCUGCAGGAAUCUUCCCCUAGAGCGGGAGAGCCGGGACUUCAUCAAACCAAAGCUCGUCACCAUUAUAAGGAGUGGAGUAAAGCCCCGAAAAGCGGUUCGAAUUCUGCUGAACAAGAAAACUGCUCAUUCUUUGGAACAAGUUUUAAAUGAUGUAACAAAAGCAAUUAAGCUUGACACUGGUGCUGUGAGGAAGGUGUAUACUCUGCAAGGCAAGCAGGUUCAAAGUCUGCAAGAUUUCUUCGGUAACGACGAUAUAUUCAUCGCAUAUGGACACGAGAAACUUUCCCAAGAUGAUUUUGACAUUGAUGCAGAUGAAGCGAAAUUCAUUCGCCCUUAUUCAUCACAAACUGCCCGUACGCCUCGUGUUACAUUACAAAGAAAAGGCAGCGCCCGUCUCAACCGAACCGCGGAUUUUCCAACAUCGCCACAAGGCAAGGCCGCACCUCGUCGGGCACAAUCACUACGGAUCUCACCCACGCAUCAUAAGAAACCGCUGUCCUUGCAUAGCGGCAGUAUGCUGGAAAUGGACACGUCGCCUUACCCGCAGCAAAUCCAUGAACGUUACGAAGUUGCUGAGAUAAUUGGUGAUGGAAACUUCGCUGUUGUACGUGAGUGCGUGGAAAGAUCGACCGGACGUAAAUUCGCACUCAAGAUUAUAGACAAAGCGAAAUGUGUCGGCAAGGAAUACAUGAUUUUCAAUGAGGUUUCCAUCUUACGUCGUGUGAAACAUCCGAACGUGGUUCGUCUUCUGCAGGAUUUCGAUCUGAAGUCGGAGAUCUAUUUGGUUAUGGAGCUAGUCAACGGUGGGGACUUGUUUGGUGCAAUUUCUUCAGCAUCCCGAUACACGGAGAGAGAUGCGAGUGGUAUGCUGCAUAACUUGGCCAGCGCACUUGCUCAUUUGCAUAAACUGCGGAUCGUUCACCGCGACAUUAAGCCUGAGAAUCUACUGGUUUGCGAGUAUGAAGACGGCAGCAAAGCAUUGAAACUUGCCGACUUUGGUCUCGCAACCACAGUCACUGGACCAUUAUACACAGUGUGUGGGACACCUACUUAUGUUGCACCCGAAGUCAUAGCACAAACUGGGUAUGGUGUAAAAGUCGACGUGUGGGCAGCUGGUGUCAUAAUUUACAUUCUUCUGUGUGGUUUUCCUCCUUUUCGAUCUGAGGCAAACCACCAAGAAAAAAUUUUCGACGCCAUCUUGGCCGGGGAGCUCGACUUUCCACCAGAGCAUUGGAAACAUAUUUCAGAAUCAGCUUGCCAGUUAAUCAGAGCUACUCUGCAUAUGAACCCCAAGCUUCGAUUCUCAGCUGAGCAGAUUCUACGACACCCAUGGGUUGCAGAAGACACUGCGUUGGACAGAGACAUGAAAAAAGCUGUGUCCAACAAAUUGUUGACUUUCCAUCCAACUUCACCUGAUGAACUUUCACCAACUAAAGAACGAAAGAAGAGAGUUAACCUCGGUGGUCGAGUAUUAGCUAACUAUGCAAGAUGACCGAAAAAGUAAGGUAGAGCACGUAGAACGUGUUAAAAGCUCACUGCUUUAGAUAAGAACGACCGCAUGAUGGCGUCAUUGCAGCCAACGGCGUCCGAUGAUGCGCCACAAGAGGGCGCUGGCCUCAACGACGAUUGCCCCAUUUCCCCGGAGUACGAUUCCCCAGACGCGUUUUAAAAUACCACCUUUUCUUUAUCCUAUCACAGCUUAACCCAAAACUAACGCAACAACGCCUUCACAACAUGACAUAACAGCAUAGCCGCCGUGGAUCUAAAUGCCUUCGCCCGAGCUGAAUAAGACGUAUAUCUUAGGAAUUAAAAGCCUACAUUAUGACUGCUACUUUCAUAUAUCGCUUUCCGCCUGCGCAAGCAAUUCGUUUUUUAUUUUUUCGUAACUGUGAUGUUGUACCGUUUUCAGUAUUCGUUCCUCGUAUAAGCAUACCGUGACCACUGUUGUUUAAUAGUUGUAUGUAAAGACAUCUAGUUGCUCUCGCAUUGCACAUAUUUUCUUACGCGUCUGUACUACGAACAACAUACCUUCUUUAGAUGCUACCCAAGCCUUCAUUUUUUAGAACAAACGAGAUGCUAAAUUAUAUAGCAUAUGCAUCCUUUUUGCUUUAGACUGCCCUUAGUUUUUGUUCGAUGCAUGACACAACUAGUUGUAUUCGCCAUAUAUAGUCAUUGUUUCGCUUAAAUUAGUCGUUGUGCUAGUAUAUCUCUUUAGUAUCUACGUAAUUGGUCCGAGUUUGACUUCAUACGUUUAUCAUGCAUGGAGAUUUAAUUUCUUGUACUUUGCGAGUAACAAAUAAAUAACAGCAUUGGCAUCUUUAAA